AAUUGCUCUGUCGCAACAACUCAAAAAUUAUUCUAUAUCAUUCUAACCAUCAUAUGGUUACAAUAUCAUGACCGUCACGCGCUCUCAGACGGGGAAAACCCCCAAGAAAAUGGAGCGUCCCGGUUUCAUUGAGACUCCAGGUCGUCGGGUUACUCGCACCAGCGUUGUGGCAUCAGAGACAAACACGGACGACACAUCCGACUCCACGAUCGACAUUAUGAGGGGACCUAAAUCUGCGAUUCGUAGACGCACCUCCGGAAAGACCAAAGCUGAAGACAUUCCAGAGGAAGCGAAACCAGUUGCGACUAACGGACACGCCAUCUCGACCGAUAAGAAAUCUCGAAUUGUCGACGGUUGGGAAGAGGGCAAGGAUCCCAAGGUUGAUUAUAGUGGACACUUUGAAUUUGGUGGCUCCUGGGGUGUAUUAUCUAUGAUGAUUGGGUUUCCAAUGCUCAUGUACUACAUGUGGAUUGGUGCCGUCUAUUACGAUGGCAAGUUCCCUCGUGCCUCAGAAGGACAGAGCACGUUGGCUUUCAUCGCCCACUUGGCCAACUUGGCCUACGUGGGUGCUUUUCCUUCUAUCAAGGCCUGGACCAUCUACUGGGUGUUUUUCCUCUUCGAGGGCGCUUGCUACCUGCUCUUACCAGGCAUCACUGUCAUGGGCCGCCCUCUGCCGCACCUCGGAGGAAAGCAACUGCCAUAUUAUUGCUCCGCCGUAUGGUCUUUUUACACAAGUAUCUUGUUGGCUUUGAUACUUCACUUCACUGGUGUUUUCAAAUUAUAUACUAUCAUCGACGAGUUCGGUCCUCUAAUGAGUGUCGCCAUCAUCUCGGGAUUUCUGGUGUCUUUCGUUGCAUACUUCUCAGCUUUGGCACGCGGAGCUCAACAUCGCAUGACAGGGUAUCCCAUCUAUGACUUCUUCAUGGGCGCCGAACUCAAUCCCCGGAUGUUCGGAAUCCUGGAUUUCAAGAUGUUUUUUGAAGUCCGCCUCCCUUGGUAUAUCCUCCUUUUCGUCACUAUGGGUGCUGCAGCCAGGCAAUACGAAGUCUACGGCUACGUCUCUGGAGAGGUAGGGUUCCUUUUAAUGGCGCAUUUCCUGUACGCGAAUGCCUGCUCCAAGGGCGAGGAGUGCAUAGUGUCAACCUGGGAUAUGUACUAUGAAAAAUGGGGGUUCAUGCUAAUUUUCUGGAAUCUUGCUGGCGUACCCUUGAGCUACUGUCAUUGCACGAUCUACCUUGCCAACCAUGACCCGGCGACCUAUCACUGGAACCGUUACUUCCUGACGUUCCUCUAUAUUGCAUAUCUCUUUGUGUAUUGGGUUUGGGAUACUACCAACAGUCAAAAGAACCGUUACCGUCAGCAGGAGCGCGGAACUAUGGUCUUCCGGAAUACGUUCCCGCAACUUCCAUGGCAAACAUUGGAAAACCCGAAGACCAUCACGGCUGAAGAUGGCUCCAAGAUCUUGGUGGAUGGAUGGUAUGGCAAAGCUCGUAAGAUCCACUACACGUGCGAUCUUUUCUUUGCGUUGAACUGGGGUCUUAUCACUGGCUUCAGCAGCCCAUUCCCUUGGUUCUACCCUGUAUUCUUUGCAUGCAUGAUCUCUCACCGUGCUUUGCGAGAUAUCCAGCGCUGUCGCAACAAAUAUGGUGAAGCGUGGUUAGAGUAUGAAAGACGGGUUCCUUAUCUUUUCAUUCCUUACGUGUUUUGAGAAAACAGCCAUGCAUGCAAAAUGCCACCUAGCUACCUUAUUAGCGGGCGCGUUGCGAAAGGCUGCACUUACGGGUGGUCCGGUCCACCUCCCAGAGUUCUCUAGUUUCUAUGAGGAUUGGUUGAGUAUGCUUCUUUAUUGUUCACAGGCCGACUCUGCUGUGAAUUCCGCUCGUCGCCAUUGCCUAGAGCAUGGGUGUCCACUUCGAUUCCCCCAGCAAUGAGUUUUCUUUUAUCUUGAUUUAGAUUUUAAUAUGUAUCUUUCGAUGUAAAUUAUUGGUUUCUAUCUUUUGGGACACGUGCUUUUCUAUCUUGCUCUAUUUCUUUAUUAAUAUCUAAUCUCGAAGGGGGGGAAAUGUUGUACAAAACGUGGGCUGGUUUUUGGAACUGGCGUUAUAGGGCAGGAGACGGGGUCCAAUCGAUCUAUUGGUAUUAAUUGAGCAAUUUACAGCACAGCAGCAUCCGUAUGUCGUCAUUGACCAAAAGCAUAGAGUAUUCUUGGCUGCUUGAAGAUAUCCUCUUCCAGUCUGUUGCAUCGGAUCUGAAGAUAACUCUCAGAUAUAUUCAAAACUAUGGGCAUUACACUGUCUAGGCCAAGCUGAGUAUUCUGAUUGCUGGCAGCUCCUCCUGCAUCUCGAGUCACAUGACUACGGGCCUCGAUCUUAUCGGACAAUCUUCCCCGCAGGACCGCUG